AUGUUCCAUGACAACUCUGACAAAGCAGACUCCACACGAGAGUCUGGCGAGCGUCUUCUAGCAGAAGAAGAGGGAACACUUUGGAGCGGCGGUGAUGAAUCAUCAUCAGAUACUUGCAAGGCUGUGGCUACAACCGUACUCCAAGUUAGCGCUCUUGGAUUACUCUUUCUUGUUGGAUGCGUGUUUGGUUUCUACUGGCGUGGGGACUUGAAUGGCCUCUGCAGUCGACAUGUAUCCCAAUACUCGACUGUGAUGAGAGAAGUCGGAAUUGAGUAUAGCCUGCAAGAAUUCAAUGGAUCCCUCUUGAAGGAGAAUGUCUUCAGGCAGGAUGCUGGCCCAGAGGUUGAUGCAGCAUGGGAGUCUCUAGGUGUCAACUAUCGAGGUGUUAGAGUGCCAGCGGAAGAUGCCGAAGAAUCUGGUCUUGCUGCCGACCAAGUCAAGAUCAAAAAGAAGUAUGGCGGAGGAUUCCCAGCAAACGUGGAGGGCUUGCACCACCUUCAUUGCCUAAACCUUCUUCGCCAAUCCCUCUACUACAACUAUGAUUACUAUCACAAAAUGGGCGAGGGACCCUUUGUCAACAACGACUAUAUUGUCCGUCGACACGUCUCCCAUUGCCUUGACAUCCUUCGUCAGGAACUCAUGUGCACAGUUGACAGUGGAGUUCUGGGCCAGAUCUGGAUUUACCCUGAGAACCCCCAGCCCUAUGUCGAUUUCAACACCAAACACCGAUGCAAAAACUUCGAUGCCGUCCGUCGCUGGGCAGAGGCAAACCAGCUACCUCAAGACCCGCCAUCGGACUUCCUAGAGCCACCAGCCGAAGGAGAUCGAAUCUAUGCCAGGAUGCCAUGA